UUCUUUCCGCUCAUAUAUGCGUAAUUACUAAAAUGAUCAUAGAAGAAAUGAAGCUGACUGAAAAUGUUGUCAGAAACUUCAGAGUUGCUAAAAUAUUCCGUGAAAAUACGGAUAAAAUAACAAGCAUAGACUUUUCCUCAAAUGGAGAGACCCUAAUUUCAAGCAGUGACGACGAUUCAAUCGUGAUUUACGACUGCCAAGCUGGGACACCAAAAAGAACAUUGAACAGUAAAAAGUAUGGAGUUGAUCUGAUCCGAUAUACACACGCUGUCAACACUGCAUUACACAGUUCAACAAAAAUAGAUGAUACAAUACGAUAUUUAUCACUUCAUGACAAUAAGUACAUCAGAUAUUUUCCUGGACACACUAAAAAGGUGGUCUGUCUGGACAUGUCACCAAUCAAUGACACAUUUCUGUCAGGCUCACUUGACAAGACUAUUCGACUCUGGGAUUUGCGUUCUCAAAACUGCCAGGGACAGAUGCACUUACCUGGGCGACCUGUGGCUACCUUUGACCCAGAGGGACUCAUAUUUGCUGCUGGAAUCAACUCAGAAUGUGUCAAGUUGUAUGAUCUGAGGUCAUUUGACAGGGGUCCAUUUGCAACAUUCAAGUUGCCUCAGGACAAGGAUUGUGACUGGACAGGCAUGAAGUUCAGUCCUGAUGGCAAGUUCAUAGUGAUAUCCACCAGCGGGCAGGUCAUACGACUGAUAGACGCCUUCCAAGGGACACCACUGCAGACAUUUGUUGGUCAUACAAACACAAAGAGGAUACCGUUAGAAGUGUCCUUCAGCCCGGACUCCUUGUUUGUGUUCAGCGGGUCCACAGACGGACGGGUGCACUGCUGGAGUACAGACACGGGUGCCAAGAUCGCCACGAUGAGCUGCGACCACCCAGGACCGGUCCAGUGUGUGGGCUUCAACCCAAAGUUCAUGAUGCUGGCAACUGCUUGUACAAAUAUGGCAUUUUGGUUACCGUAUAUUGAUGAGUGAACAAAAGUGACAGUUGAUUUAAAAAAUCAAAUGACUGUUUACUCAUGAAAGAUGCAUGAGAAUAGGAGAUAAAGAACAAUGCAGCCUCUGCUUACUAUAUGUUGGCUGUUAAAAGUUAAAAGAAAGCUUUUAUGUUGGAGACUUCAACAACUACUACAAAGUCUUAAGUUUUGGAUAUAGACACUAGACAUGCUUCAAAAGGUUAAGUUUGAUGGCAAAAUCCUGUUUGCUGACAUUGUUUACCUUUGUUUGAAGUAUCUCAGUAAAAGGUAGUAUGUAGCCAUUUAAAGUGGAUUGAGAUGAUAUAAAGAGAACAUGCUUACAGAUUUGUCUUAAUAAAUAAACAAUGUUUUGCAAUUGCCAAUUAUUCCUUCCAUGGUUUCUUGACUCGUGAUUAUUUGUUUGUUACAAACUGCAGUAAAAAUGAAUAUAAAAAUGAAUGAUAGUACUGUAAAUAUCAAUGUCAAGUUAAAUAUUGAAUUGUCAUAUGAAUCUCUUUAUUAAUUUAGACAUGUUUAUCAAUACAGAAACAUCCUUAAAAAGUAAAGCCAUAUUUAAUUAAAUUAAGUUUAAUUAAGUUAAAUUACCAUUUGAAUUACCAUACCAAUUACCAUGUUUUCAAAAGAUAUAUUAUAACAAUAAAAUACAAAAAAUGAUGUAAUUUAAGAGGAGAUUUUUCAUAAAAAAUAAUAGAAUCAGAAUAAACUAAAUCAUGAUGUUAUCAGCAUACUCAUAUUCGUAAAUCAUUUCCAUUGUAUAUAAACAUUCUUAUUAGAAUUGAUCAUGCAAAAUGGGUAUUAUGGCAUAUGCCGCCAGCAUAGCUUCUGAUCAGCAUGUCAGGUCAGGUGCUACCCUGUCUGGAAAUGACACCACAAAUCUGUGCGUGACUUUAUAGUGCAUAGUGUGGUUCCUGACCUGAUUGCAUGAUUGCUCAGGCUUGUAUGGAGCUACGCUGGCCGCAGAUGAUAUCAAAAUCAUUUUUGCAUGAUGCUGCUCAUUUUCUUAAAGGGACUGUCAAGCACGAGGACGAAGAAAAGAAAAGUUGUAAAAAUACCGUAUUAUUUUACAAUUAUUAGUUUAUAUUGAUUAAAAUAUCACGACAGGUAUAUUACAUUACGUUAAAAAUGUUUAUAUUUUCAGUAUAUUCGGUAAUAAAAUUUUGUGAUGUAAAAUCAAAAAGUACAUCGUGAAAAUAGGUGAAAUAACGAUAUACUCACUAUAAAUAACGCAAGUAGAUUGAUCAUUUAAUAUUAAAAAUAUAUACAAUUCACUAUGCAUGCGCAAUUUGCAUUCCUGGGUUUACAACGUGACGAUGAUAAUCAAUCUACUUGCAUUAUUUAUAGUUAACUGGUAGUUACCUGGUAGACAUACCCAGUAAAAUUUAUUACCAAAUAUAAUGAAAACUUAACAACUUUUAAGUAAUGUAAUAUACCAGUCAUGAUAUUUUAAUCAAUAUAAACUAAUAAUUGUAAAAAGAUACGGUAUUUUACAACUUUUCUUUUCUUCGUCGUCGUGGUUGACACUCCCUUUAAGGUUUAGGCUUGUUCUUAAAUGAAACAGCGCGUCAGGCUUGUCAUUUAUGUGCUGGUUACAAUUUUUAUACUGUGCUUUUGUGUUAAUGUCUUGCAAUAAAUGAUGUAAUA